AUGGCCUCCCUCUCGACACUGCGCUUCGCCUCGUUCCGAGUAGCGCACCAGGUCUUCUUCCAGUCCGCGCUCUCGUACGGCCUCGUCAACCUCAAGCCGCUCGUUCCCGGUCACGUCCUCGUCGUGCCACGAAGAGUGACGCCCCGCUUCCGCGACUUGACGCCCGAGGAGGUGACGGAUCUCUUUCAGAGCGUCCAUCAGAUCAGCCGCGUCAUUGAGCAGGAGUACAGCGCGCAAGCACUCAACAUCGCGCUGCAAGACGGGCCUUUAGCGGGUCAAUCUGUUCCCCACGUCCACGUCCACAUUAUCCCGAGAAGAGCGAAAGACUUCGAACCCUUAGACGAAAUGUACAACGCACUAGACGCUAAGAACCUCUCUCAAGACUUCGCCGAAGCCUACGCCUCCCGACCAACCCGCGGCGAACGAAAAGCGUUCGAAGCUGAGUUACGCGAGCGGGAACGAGGGAACGUCGAGUCGCCCUUCUCCGGCAUCGAGGGCGAGCGGAAACCGAGGGCCAGGGAGGAGAUGCAGAGGGAGGCGGAGCGGUUGACGGGUUUGUUUCCGGAGGCGAAUCGGGCGGUCUUUGGCCAGGGCGAGGAAGAGCGGGCGGAGCAAUGA